ACUUUUAGACGACAAAAGCCUCUCGCUAAUUAUGAGGGAUGCGCCCGACAAUGCAAGAGAAGCCUUAAAGAUAUUAAGGGGAUAUUAUGCCGGGAGGGGAAAACCCCGGAUAAUAAACUUGUAUGCCACAUUGACAUCGCUUCAGAAGACGAACAGUGAAAGUGUCACAGACUAUAUCAUACGGGCAGAAACCACCAUCACUGCGCUACGGAACGCAGGUGGAACGUUAGGCGACGGCCUACUGAUAGCCAUGGUCUUAAAAGGACUGCCUGAGAUGUUUAGGCCAUUUGCAAUACACGUGGCACAUAAUGAUGAUAAUAUAACGUUUCCAGAGUUCAGGACAAAGCUAAGGAGUUUUGAAGACACAGAUAAAUUAAGCACGACAGAGUCGAGUGAUAACGUGAUGAAGACUCAAGCGAGACCCGGACGGCGGCCCGCCAAGCAAGGUGCAUAUGACGGGAACAGUGACAAUGCCGAUAUUGAGUGUUUUAAGUGCGGCACAAAAGGCCACAGAGCGAGAGUGUGUCGGCAGAAGAUGGUGGUGACGCUGAUUACGUCUUCAGGAUCAAAGACGGAGAAAACAGGGUCCAACUUCGAUGACACGUUCAAGCCAGAGACACACUGCGUGGAGCUGGCAGACGGUACCCGGUGCAACGGCGUCGCUCAACGCAAGGGAGAAGCAGAGGUUUGCCUGGUCGACAGCGGAGGACGGCGACAUACCACUACGCUGAGAAAGGCGUUGUUUAUACCGUCAUAUCCCCAGGACAUCUUCUCAGUGAAGGCAGCGACCGCCAGCGGAGCCACGGUCGUUUUCAAGCAGGGAAAAGACGCUUUGAUACACAAAGACGGUACCAGGUUUGACAUUCAUGUGUCCAACAGGUUGUAUUAUUUGCACACUGAAGGUGAGAAUAGUGACAAAUGCAAUGCUUGCCAUGAUGUACAGACGUGGCAUGAAAUUCUAGGCCACUGUAAUUAUGACGAUGUGCUACAAAUGCAAAAUGUGGUUGAAGGUAUGCAGAUCAAGGGCAAAACAGAUAGACCCGACCAAGAAUGUGAGGUGGGAAAUUUCAGGGGAAAUUUGCACAAACCAGAAAUAGAAACCCUGAUAGUAGAGCAAAGGCUCCAUUACAAAUCGUACACACGGACCUAGCCGGUCCAGUAGCUACAGAGU